CCGCAAGACCUUCCUUCUCGACCCAGUGGAUGGUCACACUGGGAACAAAAUGGACAUGCCAUUCAGAAGAACUGGGUGACCUUGAUGGAUUCUGAGAGGAGCCUGGGAGCUCUGGAGAGGCCGACCUACACACACAAGUUACCAUGAGAUGUGGCUGCCUCUGAGACCGCUUCUCCCUUUGCAGCUUGCUCAACAUUGUCUUGAAGUGGAGUUACCAGCGUUGCUCCCUCCCAACUCCUCUGCUCUCAGAAGCCGGCCCUCUGGACUUCGCCUCCGCCUUCUCUCUGCAGCCUCUGCUCCUGGUUGCUCCCGGACUCCAGGGCCUAGGGCGCCGACCCCCGGGAUUCUGGAGGGAAGCAGGUGACAUGAAACAGCACGGAGUCAAGUGAAAGGUCCACCCCCGGUCCCCGAGCCAUGGCUGGUCUGCGGAACGGCCAUCGCAGCUGCAUCCGGGCCGCGUUCACAGCCAGCACCAGGGCCGGCUUCCAGAAGAGGCAGAGAAACAGGCUCCAUCGCCUCAAGGCCAGUCACAGGAAGAAUCAUCUGGACUUUGUUGAAGGCAUCUGGAGAGAGCUUUUAGAUCCGUACGACGCUGACUGGGAAGACGCCCGUGGCCACGCCUCCUGUCAUCUCAGCGGCUGUUCCUUGGGUGCUGCGAGCUGUGACGAGCCUCUGCACAUGCUCAAGUCCAGGGGUCCAGGGGAUGUGAGCUUAGAGGACCCUCUCUCGGUGAACCUUCCGGUCUUGGUCCUGACGGCCACCGGCUGGGCCUCUGCAGCCCCGGAGGUCAGCGACGUGGACAUGCAACCUGUGGAGGCCGGCCGCCUGGAGGCGCGGGGGCGGAUGGCCCGGCUGCCUGGACCCCCAGAGGACUCGGGGAUGAUGGAGGAAGACCGGGGGUCCCCCGAGGCUGGCAGACCCCAGGGCAGGGCCAGAAGGUCACGGCCGCCCCCCAGACUCGGGACCGAGAGGGACAGGGGGCCCAAGCUCCCCCUCUCCAAGAGGAAACUGGAACUUUUACUUGCAGAGCCGGAGAAGAGUAAGCGAAAGAAGCAGUACGUGGUCUAGAUCAGGUGAGCGGGGCGACAGCUGACGGUGGGCCAGGGCCUAGGAGGUGAGGACAACGCUGACGAGCAUAAAAAAAGAGCUUCCAUGAAACCCAUGGCUCCUUUUGUGUCUUCUUGUUCAAACAACAGAAAUGUAUCGUCAGGUU